ACAAAGAUGCGACCUGCUCCAUUCGCCAUCCUCGAGGGGACUGCGUCGGUCAGUAUCACAUCGAUGAAAUCCGCGUCAGAGUACAACUACUAUGGCGUCCUCGACCAAGACAAGAUUCUAGAGGAAGCUUCCAACUUCGUCUCUUCGAACUCGGAUGCCACAAAAUCCGAAGUUGAAGAGAUUCUGAGGCAUUUCAUCACACUUACUUCAAACGACUAUCUUGAAGAAAAAAGACGUGUGUUCACUAUCCGCAUGACCAAACCUACAGAUGAAUACACCGAAACUCCGAGAUGGCACAGAGAUGGACGAAUGUAUACCACGGACAGACCAGGAGAAGUGAACAGCAAAUAUGCUACGACCUUGCUCGGAAAUCCUACCAGGAUCAUGACUGAAAGUCCUCUCGUGAAGAAAGUCUUAGACGAAGAAGAGUCUAUCAGAAUGCCAAGUUAUGAACAAGAUGGGGCCGCUUAUUGGGCUGCUGCGAAAGAACAAGAAGUUCGUGUUGCAAAGCGUUUGGCUGGGCAGCCUUUGGUAGGACUACCUGGUGGUAGCAUCAUAAAGUUUUCUUGGGACCAGGUUGAUUCGCCAGUCCAUUCCGAGCCUGAUAUGAGUACUGAUCGCGUAUUCGUGUCUGUCUUAUAUGGCAGUGAGAAGGAGAUGAGGAACAUGCGCGAGAUCAGACAAAAAGAAUACAGACUUUGA